AUGGAGCUCAAAGAUGAUGCUCCUGCCUCACUCUUUAAGUACCGUAGACACCCAUCGCUGGCUAGCUUUUUGUGGUCUUUUUGGUUGAAAAUGCCAGUCAAACUACGGAGCCUCGCAUACCGAGCUCUAACGCACUACGGAAGGCCAACUUCCUCACCGUUCGCUACGAGACUACCCUUUGGGCUCGUUUUGAAAUCGCGCAGCAUCAGGGUCGUAGAAGCACUUUCCACCCAACUUGUCGGUACUCGCACGGCGAUACCAAUCCCGACCAUCCUAGACGUCAUUAACACACCAUCUAGUGACGGUACUGGCAUAUGCGUGCUGAUGACCGAGCUCUCUGGAAGAUCUAUGUAUGAUCUCCGUGUAGAUCUGACUACACUCUCCAAAGACCAGAUGUCGACGCUCUCGGAUACCCUCCGGAAUUGGAUGAUGCAGCUUCGCGCUCUUACCCAGCCUCCUGAUAAUAUGAUCUCUGGCGUCGGGACGACGUCUUUCGUCAGCUACAGGCUAUCUCAUAGCCGUAGUGUCGGGCCCUUCUCCACGUUGCAGGCAUUCCACGAGCAGAACUGCCUACGCGUUCGGCGUGCCGAUCCCCCCGAGACCCACGCACUGGGAGAUGCACGAGAUCAAAAGGCUUACCGCCUCCAUUUCACCCACGGCGAUCUUACACCGGGCAAUAUCCUGGUCGACUCAAACUACCGCCCCGUGGGUCUCGUUGAUUGGGAGUGUGCGGCAUGGCUCCCGGAGUAUUGGGAGAUCGUAUCCUCGGUCGCUCAGUGCCCGCGCUCUAAGGAGUGGCGCAAUAUGCUUCGUGAUAUAUUGCCGAUGUAUGAUGACGAGCUGGCGCUGGAUCGGAUGCUCUGGAAGUACUCGAACUUCUAG